AUGGCCGCUGGCAGCUGGAGCCCCUCGGCCCAGGAGUUGGUGACCAUCAAGGAUGUGAUGGUGGACUUCACUGAGGAGGAGUGGGGGCUCUUGGAUCCUUCUGAGAAGGAGCUGUACAAGGAGGUCACGCUGGAGAAUGUUCAGAAUCUGCUGUCCCUGGAUUUGCAGCCCAACUUUGAAUGCAAUGAGAUGACUAGAAAACUGGGCCUUUUUGUGGAAGAAUGUGAACUACAAAGAUUCAUGAAGGAUGGUCCCUGUGCCUUGACUUUGAGGGAAAUCAAUGACUCUAACAUUCAAGUAGAUUACUCAAAAUACAAUUACAGGCUUGUUGAACAUCAGAGAAACCACACAGGUGAAAAGCCUUAUAAAUGUAAUCAAUGUGGAAAGGCUUUCAUACAUAAUUACAGGCUUGUAGAACACCAGAGAAACCACACAGGAGAAAAGCCUUAUAAAUGUAAUGAAUGUGGAAAAGCAUUUACAAACAGGUCCCUCCUUGUUAUACAUCAGAAAAUCCACACUAGAGAGAAACCUUUUGAAUGCAAUCAAUGUGGAAAGGCUUUCACAUGCAAGAGAGAUUUUAGCAAACAUCAGAAAAUCCACACUGGAGAGAAACCUUUUGAAUGUAAUCAAUGUGGAAAGGCUUUUACACGCAAUACAAAUCUUAAAAUACAUCAGAGAAUUCAUACUGGAGAGAAGCCUUAUAAAUGUAAUCAAUGUGGAAAGACUUUCAGAUACAAUUACAGGCUUGUUGAACAUGAGAGAAACCACACAGGAGAAAAGCCUUAUAAAUGUAGUGAAUGUGGAAAAGCAUUUACAAACAGGUCCCUCCUUGUUAUACAUCAGAGAAUUCAUACUGGAGAGAAGCCUUAUAAAUGUAAUCAAUGUGGAAAGACUUUCAGAUACAAUUACAGGCUUGUUGAACAUGAGAGAAACCACACAGGUGAAAAGCCUUAUAAAUGUAAACAAUGUGGAAAGGCUUUCAGAAGGAGUUCCAAUCUUGCUGCACAUCAGAGAAUCCACACAGGAGAGAAGCCUUAUCAAUGUAAUCAAUGUGGAAAGGGUUUUAUAAGGAGAGACGGUCUUGUUUUACAUCAGAGAAACCACACAGGAGAAAAGCCUUUUAAAUGUAGUCAAUGUGGAAAGGCUUUCAGAAGGAGUUCCAAUCUUGCUGUACAUCAGAGAAUCCACACAGGAGAAAAGACUUAUAAAUGUAGUGAAUGUGGAAAAGCAUUUACAAACAGGUCCCUCCUUGUUAUACAUCAGAGAAUUCAUACUGGAGAGAAACCUUUUGAAUGUAAUCAAUGUGGAAAGGCUUUCACAUGCAAGGGAGAUUUUAGCAAACAUCAGAAAAUCCACACUGGAGAGAAGACUUUCACAUGUAAUCAAUGUGGAAAGACUUUCACACCCCAGCUGGCAGAGCACCCAAUCCCAGAACCAGAGACAUGGCCGCUGGCAGCCUGA